ACUCUUCUUCUCCUCCUAUAAAGAAACCAAAGAUUUGCCUCUCAUUUCACAGCUUUUUCUCUUUUCUUUAACAAGGCAAUGGCCUUGACGUAUAGUAAUAUGAAGAAACAACACUCUGUUUUGCUCUGUUUCUUCUUCUUCAUUUUAAGCCAUUUUGCCUUAAAUUUCAAGCCAGUUUUGGCUCAAACUACAUCUCCUGUUUUUGCUUGUGAUGUUGCAAACAAUCCUGGGGUAAAGAACUUUGGUUUUUGUGAUGUCUCAUUAGAUGUGUCAAGCAGGGUAAAUGAUCUAGUAAAAAGAUUAACAUUGGAGGAAAAAAUUACUAUGUUGGUAAAUACUGCUGGAAGUGUAAGUAGACUUGGAAUUCCAAAAUAUGAGUGGUGGUCUGAGGCUUUACAUGGGAUUUCAUACACUGGUCCUGGAGUUAAAUUCAAUGGUGUAGUUCCUGGUGCCACUAGCUUCCCUCAACCUAUUCUUACUUCUGCUUCUUUCAACGAGACUUUGUUUGAAACCAUUGGAAAGGCAGUAUCCACUGAGGCUAGAGCAAUGUACAAUGUUGGUUUAGCAGGCUUGACAUAUUGGUCACCAAAUGUGAACAUUUACCGCGACCCCAGAUGGGGAAGAGGCCAAGAAACACCAGGAGAAGAUCCAACACUCGCCAGCAAGUAUGGUGUAGCUUAUGUUAAAGGUUUGCAGCAGCGCGAUGAUGGUAAAAAAGACAUGCUCAAGGUUGCUUCUUGCUGUAAGCACUAUACAGCUUAUGAUGUCGAUGAUUGGAAAGGAAUCCAACGUUACAAUUUCAACGCUAAGGUAACACAACAAGAUUUAGAUGAUACAUUUAACCCCCCAUUCAAGAGUUGUGUUGUUGAUGGAAAUGUAGCCAGUGUGAUGUGUUCAUACAACCAAGUCAAUGGCAAGCCUACCUGUGGUGAUCAUGACCUUUUGUCUGGGGUUAUCAGAGGACAAUGGAAAUUAAAUGGAUACAUUGUUACUGAUUGUGAUUCAUUAAAUGAGAUAUACUGGGCUCAACACUACACCAAGACACCAGAGGAGACUGCAGCUUUGUCUCUAAAUUCAGGGCUGGACCUGAAUUGUGGAUCUUGGCUUGGUAAAUACACUCAAGGUGCUGUAAACCAAGGACUAGUAAAUGAAUCAGUUAUCGAUAGAGCAGUCUCAAACAACUUUGCUACACUAAUGAGACUUGGAUUCUUUGACGGUGAUCCGAAAAACCAUGCCUAUGGAAACCUUGGUCCCAAAGAUGUCUGUACCCCAGAACACCAAGAGCUAGCUCGUGAAGCUGCAAGACAAGGAAUUGUCUUGCUUAAAAACAGUGCAGGAUCAUUACCUCUGUCCCCCAAAUCGAUCAAGUCUUUAGCAGUCAUUGGCCCUAAUGCCAAUGUUGGCUAUACCAUGAUUGGCAGUUAUGAAGGCACUCCAUGCAAGUUAACAACUCCAUUGCAAGGACUAACUGCGUCAGUUGCUACAGUUUACCACCCGGGCUGUUUCAAUGCCAGUGUGUCUUGUGACACAGCACUAGCUGAUGAUGCCAAGAAAAUAGCAGCUGCAGCUGAUGCUGUGGUAUUGGUAAUGGGAUCAGAUCAAUCUGUUGAGAGGGAGAGCAAGGACAGAGUAAAUAUAACACUCCCUGGACAACAAUCACUUCUUAUAACUGAGGUUGCUAGUGUUUCAAAGGGACCUGUAAUCCUAGUUAUCAUGUCUGGAGGUGGUAUGGAUGUACAAUUUGCUGUUGAUAACCCUAAAGUUACAAGCAUUGUGUGGAUUGGUUUCCCUGGUGAAGAUGGUGGUGGUGCCCUAGCUGAUAUUAUUUUUGGAUACUAUAAUCCAAGUGGAAGGCUUCCAAUGACAUGGUAUCCACAAUCAUAUGCAGACAAAGUUGACAUGACUAACAUGAACAUGAGGGCAGAUUCUAAAACAGGAUUUCCAGGAAGAAGUUACAGGUUCUACAAAGGUCCAACUGUUUUUAACUUUGGAGAUGGAUUAAGUUACUCUAACUACAAACACCACCUAGUACAAGCACCAAAAUAUGUCUCCAUUCCUCUAGAGGAAGGACAUGCUUGUCGGUCGACGAGGUGCAAGUCCAUUGAUACUGUUAAUGAGCAAAGCUGCAGCAACUUAGAAUAUGACAUUCACUUGAGAGUUAAAAAUGUUGGGAAAAUGAGUGGAAGUCACACAGUUUUCUUGUUCACUUCACCACCCUCAGUUCACAAUGCACCUCAGAAACAUUUGUUGGAGUUUCAAAAGAUUCAUUUGACACCACAAAGUGAAGGGAUUGUUAAGUUCAAGUUAGAUGUAUGCAAGCAUUUGAGUAUAGUUGAUGAGGUUGGAAACAAGAAAGUUGCUUUAGGAUUACAUGUGCUUCAUAUAGGAGAUUUGAAACAUUCCUUGACUGUGAGGAUUUAAAGAAAUCCUCAUGGUUCUAUUUCUUUACCUUUUUUUUUGAUCAUUUGUGCCCUUUUCUCAAAUAGGGGAAUGGGAAAUAUGAAAUUAUCAAUCAGUUGAGGCAAUUGUAACAAAAUUUCUUAUUUUGUCAAAAUGUCCAACUUAUGUAGAAGAAAGAAAAUGUUAAAAGUUAAAUGAAGUUUCUUCUUAUUUAUUUCUUA